ACAGUGAGCUAGUAACAUACUAGUAGCUGAUUCGAGUUCGAGCGAGUGAAAUCACUGCAGCACAGCAAGGCCACGGAGCAAUACAAGGCUAGCCUAAGGCUUGGUUGGACUGUUGGAGAAGUACUUUACUACAAAAAGCAAGUAUUCUAAACCUUGACCUCCCAGUGGCUUCCAGCAUGAUGUUGCGAUAUUUCAACCGAUGGAUGAGCAGUAUAUCCAUGAUUGCGCGUUCAGAUCAGCCCCCAGUGAGAUGUCUUUCAGGAACUCCAAAUUACUCCAGCGGCAAUCCUUCAGACAAGUAUGAUAACCUGAAAGCUGUAAAGACACCAAUGCUACCUCCCGAUACUUACAAGGGCAAAACUGUGUUUAUGACAGGCGGAGGAACAGGAUUUGGAAAGUCAAUGACGAAAACAUUUUCUGAACUUGGAGCUGAGGUUGCUAUUGUCAGCAGAUCUGCAGAUGUUCUGAAGAGAACAUCAGAAGAGAUCUCCGCUGAGACUGGAAACCCUGUUCAUCCAAUCCCUGCUAAUAUCAGAGAUCCUGAGGCAGUGAAAGCCUCAGUAGAUCAGUUUGUAGAGAUCUGUGGAGGUCUACCGGAUGUCAUCAUCAAUAAUGCUGCUGCCAACUUUGUGGCUCCAACAGAACGACUUUCUCCCAAUGCUUGGUUUACAAUCGUUGAUGUAGUGUUGAAUGGUACGAUGUAUGUGACUCUAGAUAUUGCAAAGAGACUCAUCAAAGAACAGAAAGGGGCAAAUUUCCUGACGGUCAGUACCACCUAUGGAACCUAUGGCUCACCAUUUGUAGUUCCCAGCGCAGCUGCUAAGAGUGGCAUAGAAAACCUUACAAGGUGUUUGGCUGUAGAGUGGGGCCGUUAUGGGCUGCGAUUCAACACAAUGACUCCAGGUCCAGCAUACACACAGGGAGCCAUGAGCCGGCUAGAUCCGACAGGGCAGUUCUGGAAGAAAAAGAUCAAAGAUACUCCUAUUGGUCGACUGGGGGAGUUGGAGGAGAUAAGUAACCUUGCAUCUUACAUCUGCAGUGACUAUGCUAGUUGGUUCAAUGGAGAGAAUUUCAUUUUGGAUGGCGGUCUGGCGCUCCAGGCUUCUGGAGCGUUCAGUGACUAUCUGGAGCUAAGUAAAGAUGACUGGGAUCUAGCGGAGACACUGAUUAGAAAGACCAAGGGUUCAUGAUAGCAUGGUAUUAUCAUCACAUGACCAUCACAUGAUCGUCACAAGAUCAGAUAUCAUAUGAUCAUCAAGUAUCAAUCAUCAUUAAUCAUUGUGAUAUUGCAUGAAAAUAGAAUGCCAGUAUGUGUUGUCUGUCAACAGGUUGUUAUCAAAUAUACCCAACAAAAAGUCCCCCCUUAAACAAACAUCCAUAAUUUCCGAACCAAAGCAAGUUUUUCAUAUAUUAUUAUAUGAGCGUGUAGGUAAUUUUAUAAGCCACCCUCUGAGUAAAUGUUAUGGAGGUACUUUAUGUCAUGCUUCAUUGAGCACCGCCAGAAGACAAAAUUGUCACUUUUCAAAAGUCACAAGCCAAAUAUCAUGAUUUUGAUUCCACUUUAUUGAAACGAAUUCCGCAUUCUCAUCAUGAAAAAUAGAAGGCUUGUAAAAGGUACUUUCUAAAAGACGAUACAAGUUUUUUGGCUAACUUUCAUGGUUGAAUAAACACAAGUUAAAAUUUGCUAUAAUUUGAUUUUUUACACAUUUCUAUCGAUAAAAAUGAUUUUCAAGACUGUCCUUAGCAAUGUCCAUUUGGCAGUUAUGUUUAUCAACCUACGGGCAGAAUUCUGUGCAAAAAUGAAAUUGAGAUGUUUAUUUAUGGAUGAGUGAGCAUGCAUCAAAGUGGGAAAAGGGGCAUUUUCAAUGUCACAGACUCAUUUGAGGGGUUAUAAAGUGAAUAAUGGGGGCAAAUUCGGUUUCAAAUGUCACUUAAUUGCUGUAGUUUUUAUCAUCCAUCAGUUUAUCACCACACACUUUCCGAACUUUUUACAUUUUCAUGGUUGAGCGAGCACAUUCAAAAACUUGGGAAUGAAUACUCUUUAUACUGCAUAUAUGUAUCAUUUUCCUAACAAUUUCUCAGGAUCAGUUGAAUUUAUGGACAAGUCAAUGUGGAUCAAGAAUUUUAAAAUGGGGAGGGGCCGAGUAAUUGGGGGAGUCACCAACAUUUUCCAAUUUUAACAUGUUUUAACAAGUUGUAGGGGAUACUGCCAUAAACCCCUAUGAUGAUACGUCACAAAACAUUGUGCUCACUCAACCAUAAACAUAAGAUAUCAAAAUUUUGUGUGGAGUGGCUAUAUGAUGGAUAGUAAAACAGCAUUAACACCAUAAAAUUCACCUAAAAACAACCUUUGCCCAACUUUGUAUGUACACAGUCUUGAAAAACUACUCUUGUGCCUUUCAAAAAUUGUCAUUUUUUAUUCAAUCUUUGAUUAGUCAUGCAUGACUCAGAUCAAUCUCAUUUUUCCCCAGGAGUAGCUUAAUGAGUGUAGAAAACCACCUACGAAAUAUCAUAUUUCAAAAUUAUUGCAUUCAAAAGUUACAGCAAUUUGAUUUAGGGGGGACUUUUUUUGUUGUGUAUAGUUUGUAUACUGUGUAUGAUAUAUAUCAUUUGAAGAAAAUCAUUGAUUAAAGCAAAAGAAGGAAAUGUCAAUAUUCAACAUUCCAUCACCAUGGUUCUAUUUGAUUACAUUGAGAAGGAUAAAAAGAGGAACAAAAAUGUUUUGGUAGACCUUUAAUUCCCCUUAAUAUAGAAUAUAUUGAAAUAAUGAUGGAUGGAAUUAGUUGUAAAUAACAACAAAAACAACAGAUGAUAUGGUUAUAAAUUGAUUCUUAUCUCUGACUGAAAUAAACUAGUUUAUUGCUGAAUGUGUCUUAACUUUAAAACACAUUACAGUGAUAAAAAAUGGUAGUUCUAUUUGUUACCAAAAUGCUCAAUAUUCAUACAUGUAGUUAAAUAGUGCCAACUGAUGCAUCUGUAAGCUUGCUGCAUAUGUACCUGAAAUAGUAGAAGUAGGCGUGGUUGUCUGAUUGGAAAAAAUUACAUGAGUACUCAGGGCGAUUUAGCCCAUGUCUAAGCUUAUUCAUUGAAGGCAUUAGGCUGUUAAAAGUAGCCCCUGAAAGUAAAAAAAAAUAAUAAUAAUUUGUGCUGGAUAAAUAUGUAUCUGAAAAUGCUGGAAAAGAUGCCUUCUGUGUGAUGCAAUAUAUGACAAAACAUCAUUAUAAACAUAUUUUAAUCUGUCCUUUGCAGCUGGUAAUACUCAAGUUGAUAUGAAAUCAUGAUUAUCUUUGUAUCAAAGAUUUUAUUGAUAAACACUUUAUGAUUGAUUUAAUUGCAGUUAUAUAGGUGCUUACCAGCUUAUUUUUGUGAAGACUUUGAAACAGACUGUGCUUGACCGCAAUUAAUGCAUGCUGGAUUUUCAGUUUGGAAACUCACUCAUUUUCAUUAGGUACAAUUUCUAAAUUAUGCUUAUUAGUAGACAUGCCCUUGAAACUUAUUUGUGUGAGUGAAAAGUACUUUUACAGGAUAUUAUAAAGUUUAUUUAGUAGUUUAAUUGUUUAAUUUAUAGUUAUUACAAAGAUAUUAUAAGCCAUUGAUUUAUACAAUGUUAUGAUUAAGAAAGUAUAGUUAAUUUGAAUGAUUACAGAUCCAUGAUAUUAUUGGUUACAAGUUAUGUUUUAAUCAGAUUUCUCAGACCUUCACUAAUUUAAUUCUUUCAUCUGUUGUCAUCUAACCAAUUAAUCAUAAGUAUAUGGACAAUCCAUGUAUCAGAGGCAGUCCAUGACACGACAGGUCGAUGCUAUACCCCCGGGGGGGGGGGGGGCACUUCCAUUGACGAGUGGAUACCAUGCGCGACCAUGGGGUCUCGAAAUGCACCCUAAACAAUAAUUUUUCAUUUUCUGAAAAUGCACCCCUUAGCAAGUAUCGGCGUGUGAAACCCUACCCUUAACAAUUAUUGGAAACAAAACGUUACCCUUAACAAAUUUCCUGCAUUAACCCAUAAACAAGUACAACGAUAUCUUAAUUAUUAUGUCACGGACAUCGGCUUUACCUUUACACUUUGGAUUUAGUACCACCCCACACACCUCGCUCAAAUUGGACCCUAAACACGUAGGCCCGAAUUGACAAAGGUGGUUUCAUUUAAAACCAUGGUUUUUAGAAACCGUGGGUUUUAGAAACCAUGGUUUUAAAAAAAACAUGGUUUCCAAAACCUGCGAUUCACAAACGAUGGUUUCUAAAACCCACGGUUUCAACAGUGGUCUCAAAUGAAACCAUGGUUUUUGCAGAAACCACCUUUGUGAAUUUGGGCCUACGUGUAGGGGCAAAAAUUACAUCCUUUAUAAAGUAUUUUAGUCUCUUUAUACCCUUGCAAAUUAAUUCUUAGAGAAAUAUAUACCUUUUUUUCAUUAUUUUAGUGUUUUGACACCCUUAUUACGUUGCAUACGUAACGUGCCCUAUCUUGAAAAAGAGAUGAUUUUUGGCUAGCAUGGUAUCCACUCAUCUAUGGAAGUGCCCCCCCACCCUGGGGAUCCCCCUAUUGAGUAUUUACUCAAUGCAGGGCUUUGAUAUGAAUCAUGAUGUUACCAUAUUGAACCAGGGUUAUAUUAUGCAUAUACAAAGUGUAUGUCUAGAGUUUUGAUCUAAUUCUCAAAAUAUCUGAAACAGGCAUCAAUUUUAAUAGUAUUUAUCACUGUAGUUGUUUAUUUUCACAAUGUGUUAUGUUUUUUUUAAUAAAGUAAAUUGAUAAUUUGUAUGUAAAGGGGAAUCUAACCUUUAAAGGAUUUGUGUUAAGGCCGAAAAGAUGAGAAACAGAAAGUCUUAAAGAAAUGGACAAGGAAAGAAAGUUAGGACUGUUUUAAGAAUGAGAUCACUAUAUAUGUAUCUCAAAUUGGCAACUUGGUGGGAUAAUUGUGACAAAUGAUGGAGACAUAUUAUCUCCCACGUGUCCUAUACUUAAGUAAUGGGAAUGUGUGGUUUUCUCGUCUAUAAGCACCCCCCCCCCCCAACAAUAAUGAAUUAUAACAUAGAAAUCAUGUAGGAAGGAAAUAAUCAUAGUAAAAGUUCUUGGGGGAAAAAUAAAUUUUUAGUUGUCUCAUUUGAUCAAAUAUAUAGUCCUCACUCUGCAUCUCAAUAACAUGUCCUUUGCAACCGAUCAGAAAUCUUCAUUUGUAGUGAAUAAACAUAAUUAUAGUUGUUAAUUUUACAACUUUACAAAAUGCAUAUAUAUCUUAUUGCUUAUCCUGUUUAUGUUAGAUUCCCCUCUAUGUCCUCUUAAAAAGAGUUGUUUUAUUUACUGUAGCUGAAAGCUGAAAUUAUUGAUAUAUAUUUUUUCAGAAUAAAUUUCCAAUGAUUUAAAAUCAAA